CUAGAGCAUUUAGGUUAGUAGCACAAAAAGUUUGAUGUAAUUCGCUAUUUAGGCAAAUUCGCGAAAAGCUAACUUAAAGUAAUUCAAGACAGCUAACCAGAGGACUCAAACGGAGAGUAUGGAAUAUAAAACUGCCGCUAAAAUUUACCCAUGUUUGGAUUCUAAAAGUUGCUAGCCACCCCCGGCUUGAGUAACGUUUAAGAAAAAAAGUCAAGUGGCUACAGCUAACGCGAAGCUAGGCAAACAUUACUUGGCUAACCGGAGCCGUUGACAGCGGUCGACAUAUCACGCUGCUUGCAAGGCGUUAACAUGAAAGUUGUGAGCUAACACUAACAGCGCUGUUAGAAAAGAUCAGUGUGUACAGUUGACAGCUUUAGCCCUGUCGUUAGUUUGGGAGCCAGCUGCACUGGAGGACAAGAUCAUGUUAGCUAGCUAAGGCGGGCGGCGUUAGCAUUAGCAAAACAAGAGCUCUGCUUCGGGAGUCAGCUGACAACCUGCUGUAAGCUGCCAACAGACCAGUGAUGGAUCAACUGAAAGUAAAGGAUCGUAUAUUGGAAAACAUCUCCCUGUCUGUCAAGAAGUUGCAGAGUUACUUUGCGGCCUGUGAAGAUGAGACUCCAGCCAUCAGAAACCACGACCGGGUCCUGCAGCGCCUGUGUGAACACCUUGACCAUGCUCUGCUGUAUGGGCUGCAGGACAUCUCCUCAGGCUACUGGGUCCUCGUCCUCCACUUCACCAGGAGAGAGGCUGUCCGCCAGAUAGAUGAGCUUCAGCACAUAGCAACCAACCUCGGUCGAAGUCGUGCGUGGUUAUACCUGGCACUGAGUGAGAGCUCUUUAGAGAGCUACCUGCGCCUCUUCCAGGAGAACCAAGGAUUACUGCAGAAGUAUUAUUUCAAGAACGCUCUGGUCUGCAGCCAUGACCACCUCACGCUCUUCCUCACGCUGGUGUCUGGCCUGGAGUUCAUUCGCUUCAAUCUCGAGCUGGAUGUGCCAUACCUGGAUGUUGCCCCCUACAUGCCAGAUUACUACAAACCCCAGAACCUGCUGGACUUUGAGGAAAUGCUGCCCAGUUCAGACAGCUUGUCCCUGCACUCCUUUACCUCCCUCACCUCCACCAACCUGGAGUGGGAUGACAGUGCCAUAGCCCCCUCCAGUGAAGAUUAUGAUUUCGGUGACAUCUUCCCCGUGUUGCAGUCAUUGCCAAGUGCAGACUGGGAAGAGGGUGACCUGACCGACCAGGCGAGCUGCCCACGAUCCAGUGGCUCUGAUCCCCAAACAGUCAUUAGUGACAUGAUGGUCCUUUCUACCGGCACUGUCAAGGCGAAGGCAGCAGCUCAUCCUCCUCUGCACAGCCCCACAUCCAGACACAACCCCUUCAACGAGGACUCUGACACCAACACCACCAACACCUCGGCCGACGUCACGCCAGUUCACGUGGCCAGCCGCCACAACGCCACCGCCGCUGGAGAUGACACGGAGAGCACCAACAACGAGCUGGAGGUCAUCAGGAUGGCCAGAAGAAGGAAACCAGCCAAGAAGCGACGAGGGAAGGGCUCCACAGAUUCCAGCAGCAGCAUCCAUAACUCGAUCUCCUCUGAUCACAUGGACAUGGAAGGCAGCCUCCUGGCCUCCGAGGAUGUGGAUUCAUUAAACUGCACUGUAAUCCAUGUGGGCGGCGAAGGAGAGUUGAGGAGAGGCAGGGUGGGAUCAGAGGCUGUGGAGGAAGGAGACGAGGAUGAGGUAGUCGACCUCCUACGCCUCCCAGAGAUGACGGACACCUCCAUGGACAGUGUGGGCCAACCCCUCCGGGACGUCAUGGACCGACUCAACGGGGCUCUGGAUAGGGAGGAGCCCUGGGAGCGCCCGGAGGAGGGGAAAACUAGUGAAGGCUGUGACCAGGGCCCCGAGCCCCCCGCUCAGCAGCCCUUUCGUGAGGACUCAGGCGGUGAACCACCUGACCCGGCCCGAGGAAAGACGUCUCACUCCACUCUGGCCACAAGCCCCAGGUUCCUGCAGGCCUCUCCUGCGCCUACAGAAUUAUGCUGCUUUACCCCCAACGGUCCAGACUCUGCUCCCACAGGUGGUGGCUGCAAUGACUCUACAGAGCUUAGCCAGCCGCAGACUCUUUCAGGUGGCCUUGAAAAUGAAGGAGAGGCAAAAAAGAAAGCAGGACCGGAGCCCGACGUGAGGCAGGAGGAGGAAGGCGUAGAAGGAGUGGAAACAGACCAGAACACGUUUACUGAGGAAGCACAACAACAACAACAAGAGCAGAAGCUCAGUCCCUCAGAAAGUUCUCACCCUGCAGAGUUUAAGGUGGACAACAACCACUUGCUGCUUCUUAUGAUCCAUGUAUUCAGAGAGAAUGAGGAGCAGCUCUUCAAGAUGGUGAGGAUGAGCACAGGCCACAUGGAGGGGGACCUGCAGCCCCUCUACCUGCUCCUGACUGACUGUUACAUUUACCUGCUAAGGAAGGGCGCAGCAGAGAAACCCUACACAGUUGAAGAUGCUGUUUCUUAUAAUGAGCUGGACUAUCUUUCAGUGGGCCUUGACCAACAGACAGUGACGGUGGUUUGCACCAACAGACGAAGAAAGUUCCUAUUGGACACAGCUGAUGCCUCACUGACUUUCUGGUUCCUGUCUGUGCUGAAGUCAGCCAUGGUGAAGGGUUGCCGUGAGCCUCCUUACCCCUCGGUUCUGACCGAUGCCACCAUGGAAAAACUGGCUCUCAAUAAGUUUGUCUCCCAGGAGUCUCACUGUGAGGUAUCAGAAGUGUCCAUCCAACUCUACUCACUGGUCCACUGGGAGGAUCCUAUGGACAUGACUCUGUCUCCACAAGGUGGCCCACCAAGCUCUGGAGCACCUUUCAGCACCAAGGAAGGGAUCCUGCAGUACCGGUCUGGAACCACCUACCUGGGCAAAGAGCUGUGGAAAAGCUGCUACCUUGUCCUCAGCAAUGGGAUUCUUUACAUGUAUGCAGAGAGAACUGACGUGAUCCCGCUGCUGUCUGUCACUAUGGGAGGGGAGCACUGCGGAGGCUGCCGUCGCUCCAACAGCACAGAGCGUCCCCACGCCUUCCAAGUCAUCCUGACAGAGCGCCCCCCACUGGAGCUCAGCGCCAACAACGAGCAGGACAUGGCCGACUGGAUGCAGCUGCUCUGCCAGUCCGUCUCCAAAGGGAAGCAGAAACAGCUGAUCACUCAUGUCAUCCCUCAGGGUGUGGCCCCCACCCCAUGUAUCCCAUGCUGCCUGGUGGUCACAGACAGGAAGCUGCUGACCUGCCAUCAGGACUGUCAGACGAGCUUCUUCCGUUCGCUCGGCAGCGUCGACAUCUCUGACGUCACCACCGUCAGCACGGAGGCCGACAAGGAGUACUGCGUCAUCGAGUUUGCAGCAGAUCGGUCUCAGUUCCUCCCUCCAUGGAUUUUGUACUUCAGCGGCUGUGAAGAGAGAGAUAGACUGCUGGAGGCGUUAGACAGAACAUGGAAAGCUGUUUUCCAGGUCGACCUUCCCCACAGAGUCGUGUCUGAUCCAUCGGUGCAGAAGCGCUGUAGCGAGGCCCUCAGCCUGAUGAAGAGCGCCUGGCAGAGGGCAGACAGUCUGGCCCGAGGCAGAGCCCAGCGUGAACCCUGGUGCUGACGGACACACACACACACACACACACACAGACACACACACGCACACAUAGGCACACAUACACUAACCUGUGGGUAACCACUGACAGACUGAUCAGACAGUCUGAUGUAGUUCCAGGAUAGAGAGUGAGUCAAACCAUUCACAGCUCUGAGCUGAAAGACUUAGAUAAACCAAUCAGCUGUGGCGUUAGUUUGUGACGGGCUUCUAAAUGUUUCUAUCAGAGAAACGUCCUGCAGGAGCAACAAAGCAUGUGGCGCAUCACAUCGCAAAGAUGCAGCAGUGAGACGUUCUCACUUGAAAUGAAAUGGACCUCCAGUAGAGAGGCAGUGUGUUCUAUUUACAUGACCGUUAUUCCUGUAGUAGAGGUUCUUCAGACAGAACGACAAUGUAGAAAAAUAUGCUGAAUCAAGGAAAAGUUUAAUGUUACAUGAUGUGAUAUAAAGUUCUCUCUCAAUGGGGAAAAAAGCACUGUAGGAAAUGAUGAUGGAUAGAUGUAAAAGGCACAGUGGUCGUGUCAUGGGAAACAUCCUGCACUUAAACAUUCAGAAGAGAGUCAUUUUUACUCUGAGAACUUUGUCUACACAAGUAAACUGUUUUCCCCAGUGGAUAAUCCAUUUUAAAAUGAACUGUUACGUACUGAUAAGACUUUGAGUUAGUGAAAAACUACAUAUCUAGUAGAGUGUGGAAGCUGAGAUGAGAGAAUUAUUAAUGAUCGAUCUGGAUGUUGAUAUGAUAAAUGUCGAGAAAGCCAUAAAUGAAGGGGGCAGUUGCUGCUUGUCUGCAAUGUGGAAAAGUUCACACUCCUUGCCUUGCGCACACACACUCACAAAUUAUACAUGUAUAUGUAUAUAUGUAUAUGUAUGUAUAUAUAUAUAUAUAUAUAUAUAUGUGUGUGUGUGUAUAUAUCAGUAACGCUCUCUCUCUUGCACAACUUACACAGCUGUGUGACAAUAAAAGUCACUCCUGGCUUAAUACCAGUUACAUGAUGUGAUACUGUACCCUAACUGUGGUAUAAUUGUAGAUUAGCGAAUGUACAGCACUGUACAGCAUCCAUGAGUAAUCAUUGACAGUUGUGUAUGUGUGUGUUAUUCAGUUUUGGGAGUUUUGGUUUGUUUAAGGCCACACAUUUCUUCACUGAAUGACGCUCACAUCCACAGUGUACAUUAGCCCGAGAGAAUGAGGAAUGCCUGGAUAUUUAACACUUGCACUGUUACAUGACAUGCUCAUGCCUGUGUCGAUUAUCUAAGAUCUUGCUUUACUAUUUAAAUGCUGUCACUCAGAUUAAAAAAAAAAGAAAAGAAACCCUUUCAGGAAAUGCGACAGACUUGCCUUUUCCUCCUCUCCAGAGACGAGCGGAGGCUUCCAUGCAGACUUGCACAUUGUUUUUGCUGUUAAUCUUUUUUUUUUUUAAAUGGUACAGAUUGUAGUUUUAAUUUGUUAAUAUCAUAACUUUCUGUUUUAUUUCCAAUUUAGAAAGGAAGUGGGAACAAAAUAACUCAGCUGAGUGGGUGACGUUGUCUCAGUAUUGGUGUUUGUGUCUGCAUCAGCAGAUGUGUAUUUUUUAUUGUGGGUAAAUAUCAAGUAAGGAUUACAUCUGUGUGAAGCGACAAUUUGUCUUAGCUUCUUGUUUUCAGUUUACACCAGCAGUUGGUGACAUCGUACAUGUACAAUAAGAUCUGGCCAACAUCAGAGCAACAGAACACCCCCCCUCUGCACUAGUCGUCAUUCAGCGGCUUAGGACCAUGUUUGACAAAUAGCCUUUUGACUGAGAGCAAGUGUAGCUCAAUGCUUUUUAAAAUAGCCCAUAAUAUUAAAGCUUUACUUAAGAUUGAGAAUCACAAAAUCCUAAAUGAAACCUCUUUAGUUUCCCUGCAAAUUAGAGUCAGUGGGCGGGAACGCAUGUGAUACAAUCUGUCCUUUUAAACACUGAUUAGAGAACUGCUGCUGUGUCCGUGUCCGCAUGGAAAUGCUCUCAUUGCAAGGCGAAGAAAAGAACUUCUUCUGCAAUGACAAUGUUGCUUUUUUGGACAACCUUGACUGAACUGGAGGAAAUGUCUUUAAACUAAAUGAAACACUAUUUUUCUGUUUAGCAGUUGCCUUACACUCUACAAUUCGGCUGAACACUCAAACAAUCAUCGUAGGCCUCGUUCAGACCUGGUGUUAACAUGAGUCUCUCUCUCUAAUCUGAUCACAUCACAUCCGGUCUUGUGAUUGGAUCUCACUUCCCCCGCUCUGUAAUGAGAUAAACACAUGCAUCAUUUCUGCUGCAAAGACCAAAUGUGUUGUUGUUUUUAAACAGUCUGAGUGACAGACAGGUGUGUUGUUAUGUGUUUGUGAGAGAGAGAGAGAGCGAGGUACAUUUAUUUGUAAAGCACAUUAUCAUACACAGAGGAAAAGUGCUUAAGAGAAAUAAAAGAAGCAUAAAAAGAGAAUUAAAAAGAAUAAGAAAACAGCAUGAGAAAAAACAUUAUACAAUAGAUAAUAUCUCAUUAAAGUGCAAGAUUAAAUGAAGGCAGAGGAGAAUAGAGCAGAAUAGCAAGAGCGAGAUGAGGAAUUAAUGCGUGGCACAGCUCUAUAAUGAAAUAAGAUUUAAACCACUUAAAAAAAGUGAAAAGGGAAAAAACAAAGAUUAAUGAUGAUAUUGUGGCUGGUCACCACGAAUAAAUCAAUGUAUUGGAAACACUGUGAGAAGUCUGUAUAUAUUUUCAGACUAAUCAGACUCUGGCAGAGGAGAGUAGGCGGCCACAUGUGGUUCAGACCAACUCCGAAUGUGGUCCGAGUGACCGGUUCUCAGACGUGUCCUGGUGCGUUCACACCUGAACGUAGAGUUGUCCGCUUGUCCACCGAGACACACGUUAAUACCAGGUCUGAACGGGGCCUUCGCUCACGUUGUGGUUUUUGAACAGGUGAGAAAAGAGCUGUAUGUUGGGAUGGGAAUCAAACCUCGCUACUCUGAGUACAGACAUCGUGGUGCCACAUCCAGAUGUUGCAUAUUCAGUGAAGUAAGGCAGUGAGAAGAUUAAACUAGAGCACUGAACAGGCGCCUUGUAUCAAAAACAUUCAGAUGAUACCCAGCCCCACUCAUACGUCACUUAUGUUUGUACGAACAUCUCUGUCUUUCUCACGCUGUGUUUCUUCUAAAUCAGCAUUACUCAGUGCUUUAAGCCGCUCUAAGUGCCACUCGGUUCUGCUCAUCUUCUGCUCUUUUACAAAGAAAUCUAAUCUCAGGUGAAAAAGGUACUUCACAUCCCAAAACCUUAAGACUCACCGUGUAUUUUUUCUUUUUUUUAAUUGCUGCUGUUUUGUCUAAUUCAAUAUUUUUUUUAAAUCCAUUUUUCUACUUUGGUUCCUCCCGUGUUCCGUGCAGCAUUAUGAGGUUAUUUGUGCGCACAGAGAAGACUGCAAAUUGGUGGAAAAGGUUUUAUAUAAUAGUCCUUUAAUAAUUCAGUGGGUUUUUAAAGAGGAUUUACUGGCUGUGUGUUUGAAAUCCCCCCCCAGUGGAUUACUGAAGGACCAGGGAGAGAACAGUUGCAAUAGUUGGAUUUACUUGAAAUGUUUGUUGGGUUAUCAAUAAAAAAAUAAAGUGCUUAGAGUUGUGACCUAUGAAGUGUAUAUAAAGAAGAGUUAGUCUUUUUCUGCAGUGUUUUGAAUGUGGAACAUUGCUGGCCAAUGAUGGAUGUCAUCUUUUGCGUGAUGCGUUGUGAAAACCGGCGUUUUGAUUUUGUUCAUAAAUGUAUACUGCAUGUUAUAUUUAUGUUAUGUUUAGUAGUUUUAUGGAAUUGUAAAUAGAGCACUAAUCAAGUAUAACAUACUGUAAACUCACACGUACAGUAAAGACGUGCAUGUCCAGAAGGUUUUAUACUGUUCAUGAUGGUAAUGAAUGUACAAAUAAACCUUUGUGAUUGGACAGCGUAACUCAAUAAACUGAGAUCAAACCGUG